CCUCGGGGAAGAUACACGUGGGUGCUUCUCUGUCUUAGGGACUUGACGUGGGAGAGGAGGAGGCAUCAUGAGGUUGCCAGAGUGUAAAAAUCACAGCCAUGGCCCCCAUGGACCUCAUGCACAGAAUUGGCAUUGCGUCCACAAAGAUAAAGAUCAAAUGAAAAUGCAAGCAACAUUUCCACUUCCGGAAGACUACAGUAACUGUGAUAUUGUCAAAGCUACACAAUAUGGCAUAUUGGAUCGGUGCAAGGAAUUGGUGGAAGCAGGAUAUGAUGUCAGACAACCAGACAAAGAAAAUGUGACACUUCUUCACUGGGCAGCAAUAAACAACAGACUGGAUCUUGUAAAGUUUUAUAUUUCCAAAGGUGCAGUAGUGGAUCAACUAGGUGGAGAUUUAAAUUCAACUCCUCUUCACUGGGCCAUAAGGGAAGGUCAUUUAGCUAUGGUUAUAUUGUUGUUAAAAUGUGGAGCAGAUCCUACUCUUAUUGAUGGUGAAGGAUACAGUGGCAUUCACUUAGCAGUGGUCUUUCAGCAUAUGCCUAUAAUAGCUUAUCUCAUAUCAAAAGGCCAGAGUAUAGAUACAACAGAUUUCAGCGGCCAAACGCCUCUUAUGUUGUCAGCACAGAAAGUAAUUGGACCAGAACCCACAGGAUUUCUUCUAAAGUUUAAUCCUUCACUCAACACUGUAGACAAAAUUCAGAAGAAUACUGCAUUGCAUUGGGCAGUUACAGCAGGAAAUGUUAGUGCUGUAGAGCUACUGCUGGAUGCUGGAUCUAAUUUGGACAUCAAAAACAUCAAGGGAGACACACCACUUGACCUUGCUCACCAUGUUCAAAAUCGCUUGAUCAUUCAUAUGCUAACGGAAGAAGAAAAAAUGAGAAUUAGAAAAAACUCUAGGUUAUUCAUGAUGUUAGCAAAAUAUGAGUUUUUUCUGCUAUUGAUGUCUUCCUUGACACUCAUAUGGGCUAUAGGGUACAUAGCGGAUUUAAAUUCUGAUUCUUGGCUUUUGAAAGGAAGCAUGCUUCUCUUCAUAUUUUUCGGGAUGGCUCUGCUUACAAGGCAUUUUGUGGGACUCAAGAGCCUAAAAUAUUUACCAGCCGUUUUCAUGCUAAGUUCCAUUUUUUGGAUGUCUAUGACCUGGUUUGUCUGGUUCCUGCCUGAUUUAGCAGACACAAUUUUCCAGAUCCCCUUUAUCCUUAGUGUAGUGGGUCUUCUCUACUAUUUCUACAAAACAUGGAGAACUGAUCCUGGAUGCAUCAAGAUUUCUGAAGAAGAAAGGAGAAAGAGUAUUGUUACUCUUGCGGAAGCUGGCUGCUUGGAUCUCAGAACAUUUUGCAUAUCAUGUCUUGUAAAAAAGCCUUUGAGAUCCAUGCAUUGCAUUGCUUGCAACUCAUGUAUUGCUAGAUAUGACCAACAUUGUCUGUGGACUGGACAAUGUAUAGGUGUUGGCAACCAUUAUUAUUUCCUUUUGUUUCUGCUCUUCCUAACUAUGAUGGGGACCUGGAUGUUCUAUGGAACUCUCCUCUAUUGGUCAGAACAUUGUGCAACAACUUACCACCAAGACGGCGCAUGGACUUACUUGACACAGAUAGUGUCUUGUUCUCCAUGGGUUUUGUACAUCUUUACAAUAGUGUGUUUUCAUACUUUGUGGACUUCGUUGAUGCUAAUUAUUCAGCUUUAUCAGAUUGCUUUUCUGGGCUUGACCUCACAUGAAAGAAUAACCCUCACAUUACAGAGCAGGUGUUCCAAGCAAGCUAUUUCUCUCCGGAAAACUCCAUACAAUCAUGGAUGCUUUCAGAACCUUGCAGACUUUUUUCAGUGCCGUUGCUUUGGUAUGUUCACACCCAACGUAGUUGACUGGACUAAACAAUAUACUCUAUUUCAUCCUGCAAGAGGUAAAAAUGUUCAUUCUGUAUGAAGAAAAGCACCAAAGAGCCAAACUGAAAGCUAAAUAAAACUGGAUAUUCUUAAUAUUGUGUUCAAAUUCUUUUGAAACUUUCUUGCCCUUAAAUUUUAUAUUGUUACUAUUGUUCAAAUAGUACAGUUUAUCAUAAAUUACAGCAAAACAGAUCUGAAAGCAUUGCAGUGGUGGUUUGUAUGUACUUUCAACUUUAACAAUUUGAAAUUUCAUAUAACUAUGAGAUGUCACUUAAAGUAUAUUUUUAUGAGAAAUUUUUAUAUAACACUCCAGAAAUCGUAUAUAAUACCUUUUAAAGAUUUUUUUCAGAUUGUGUCUACAAAGAACACAUUUGUUAAGGGAAAUUAUUUUUUACAUUUUUGAAUUGACUAUUUCAAAAAGUUUUUAACACUACCUUGUAUUUUUGAUAACUUAUUUGUCUUUAUACUAUGUAAAUCUGUACAGAAUCACUGUUUAGACUUACUGUUUGCUUUCACAUGAAAUAAAUUAGAUUUCAUGCUUACAUUUCCUUUUUUUUUAAAUAUUCAAGGGAAAGUUUGAAACUUACAUCUUUAAAAAUCAUUAAACAUAACUGCAAAGGCCUAUCUUGCUUCUUUAAACGUCUAACAAGAAUUGAUCAGAAGACUAAAUCUUGCAUUCAUUUACCCCAGUGUCACUUUGAAAUGGAGAACUCAGCCACUAAGUAGGUACAUGACCAAAACCUAAUGAUACAGGCAUAAGAUUGUUUAACAAUAUUUCAGGCUGCAAGGUAGGGCUACCAUACUCCCAAGCAAUGUACCUGCACCCUUGAUAAAUGUAAAUAGUUUAAUGCUGUAUUUGGAAAAUGUAGAGUCUGAUAUGAAUCACUUUUCAGAGACAUCAAAUGGACUUCACUCAGCAUGAGCCCACUGUGUCCAACUAGGAGAUUUGUAUUGUAACAGAAAAGAACAAAAAUGACAUUUAUGGCGAUAGGCAGUGUUCCCUUUGUGCUUGUGCGGCCACUUGGGUGAUCUACAAAUGCUGCCCAGCUGAUUACUAGGGUGCCCAUAACUAGAUUUUUUGUAUUUCUGUUGGUGGGGCAUACUUACAUAUGCCCCAGUGCACAUAAAAAUUUAUUGUGUGCAUGGAUGGAAAAGGUUAGAGGGAAUAUUAGCUAUAGGGGAGGGAAAAAGCACAAAUAAAGAGCACUAAUCAGAGACAAUUCAAAAUAUGAUCCAUUAUUAGUAGUUUAGUAGUAAACUAGAAUGAAAUAAAACCAGAGAUUUCUUACAGUUUCAAUAGAGGUAUUGUUUAUUGAGCCUGGUGAAUUAGGUGAGUGCUUUGAGCAUUAGAGGACCAAAUAAGAGCCAAGUAAUUUAACCAGUCAUAUCAUGAAAGCAGUAUCUACAGUUUAUUGUAUCAAGAGAAACCUACCAAUACAAAACUAGAUUUAACAUCUUCUUUGAUUUUUUUUCCUGUUUUAUGAAAAUAUGACUUCCAAUUCAAGAAAUCUGUCUUUUAUUCCCUUUCUCUUUCUCUCAGGAAGAGGGAGCCUGAAAUUGUUUGCUAUUGUGACAGAUUAGAAAUGUGCCUUUAAAAAAAAAAA